AUGGGUCUUUUCAUUCUUACCGAAACCAGCGCCGGUUAUGGCCUGUUCAAGGCUUCCGACAAGAAGCUCUUGGAGGACGACAACCUGACCGACCGUCUUUCCACCACUGAGAAAAUCGUCAAGGAGAUCAAGUACAAGGAGUUUGCCAAAUUCGACAGCGCCGCCUCGGCUCUCGAGGAAAUCUCGGGCCUCGUAGAAGGCAAGGUCACACCACGCCUCCAGAACCUCCUCAACGAGUUCAAGGAUGAGAAGAAGGUCACCCUUGCCGUUGCCGAGAGCAAGCUUGGCGCCUCCAUCAAGAAGCUGCCUGAGCUCAACAUCAAGCCCAUCUCCGAUAGCACCACGAAUGAGCUCUUCCGCGCCAUCAGACAACAUCUUCCCGAGCUUGUCCCCGGCAUGCUCCCUGAAAACUUCAAGGAGAUGUCUCUGGGUCUGGCCCACUCCCUCUCCCGCCACAAGCUCAAGUUCUCUCCCGAGAAGGUCGACAUCAUGAUUGUCCACGCCGUUUCCCUCCUUGACGAUUUGGACAAGGAGCUCAACACCUAUGCCAUGCGCGUCAAGGAAUGGUACGGCUGGCACUUCCCCGAGUUGGCCAAGAUUUUGCCCGACAACCUCUCUUAUGCCAAGAUUAUCGUUACUCUGGGUGUCCGCACCAACGCUCCUGAGACCGACCUUUCCGAAAUUCUCCCUCACGAAAUCGAGGCUGCCGUCAAGUCUGCCGCUGAUAUUUCCAUGGGUACCGAGAUCAACGAGGAGGAUCUCAACAACAUCAAGCUUCUCGCUGAACGUGUCAUUGCUCUUUCCGAGUACCGCAAGCAGCUUUCCGAGUACCUCGAGAACCGCAUGAAGGCCAUCUCCCCCAACAUGACCGAGCUUCUCGGCGCCCUUGUUGGUGCUCGUCUUAUUGCCCACGCUGGUUCCCUCAUCAGCUUGGCCAAGAACCCCGGUUCUACCAUCCAGAUUCUCGGUGCCGAAAAGGCUCUUUUCCGUGCCCUCAAGACCAAGCACGCGACCCCCAAGUAUGGUCUCAUCUACCACGCCUCCCUCGUUGGCCAGGCUUCUGGUAACAACAAGGGUAAGAUUGCCCGUCAGCUCGCCGCCAAGGUCGCCCUUGGUGUGCGCACUGAUGCUCUUUCCGAGUUCGACGAGGAUGUCGAUGAUGAGACUCGCGCCGAGCUCGGCAUCAAGUCUCGCGCCAAGCUCGAGAACAGCCUGCGCUUGAUGGAGGGUAAGCCCAUCUCCACCAAGCUCGGCCCCAACCCCAACAACAUCACUGUCCCCAAGUGGGACAUCAAGGAGGCCCGCAAGUACAACGCCGAUGCCGACGGUGUCGCCGCUGAGGCCGAGACUGCCAAGCCCCUCAUUGAGGAGGUCGAGAUGGAGGACGCGCCUGCCGAUGAGGAGAAGGCCAGCAAGAAGGAGAAGAAGGAGAAGAAGGAGAAGAAGGAAAAUAAGGAGAAGAAGGACAAGAGCGAGAAGAAGGACAAGAAGGAGAAGAAGAAGUCCAAGGAGCCAACAGAAGAGACCGAAAGCCCAGCCAAGACCAAGAGCUCCAAGCGCAAGCACGAUGAUGACGAGGAGGCGGCGCCAGUAAAGGAGAAGGAGCACAAGAAGAAGAAGAAGAAGCACAGCAAGGAGUAA